UUCAGACAGUAAAGGCCUUUCUUCCAAUGAUGUUAGAGAAUAAUAAAGGACACAUUGUAAGCGUGGCAAGUUUAGCUGGUCAAUGCGGAGUUCCGAAAUUGGUAGAUUAUUGUACAUCUAAAUUUGCAGCUAUGGGAUUUGACGAAGCUCUUCGAAUGGAACUUGAGUACGAAGGAUACGAUAUCAAUACAACAGUCGUGUGCCCUUAUUUCAUCCGUAGUACCGGUAUGUUCGAAGACGUUCAAUCAAGAUAUAUUCCAACUCUGAGUCCAAACGCCGUAGCUGACAAAAUCAUAAUAGCAAUGAGAUGCAACCAAAAAUAUGCCAUUAUUCCAGGCUACUUACAAAUUCUGCUAGCUUUAAAAUGGAUAUUUCCGUGGCCUUGCGCCGCUAUGCUACUUCGCGGAUUGGUCAGAGACGCUUCACCGGGCGAUGUGGAUAGGGAGUCAUGUGAUUCUGCAGUUGCGAUAACGGAAGAAACGUGCAUUGUUUCGCCAUCGAAGGAUCAAAAUAGCGGAACCAUUCAUCAAGAAUUGGCUAGACGUAUCUCUAGCUCCGAAAGAAAACCUUAAACUUUUUCGUUCCGCUUUAGUUUUAAUGUUAAAAUAUAAAAAAUGUGAAAGAUAUAAAUAAAUGUUUAAAAUAAUUGUUGUCAAGUGCACUUUUAUUUUGUGUUGCAAAUUAAGUAUUUUAGUGUAUUAAUUUUUAAUUUUUUAUAUUUUGAUCUUACAAGUUAUAUUUUAUCGGUUAAAAAAUCAAUAUUACGAAUGAUUUAAUUCAAACGUUAAAAGCUUCCAUAUACAUUGAUUUUGAUUAUAUCGGAUUACUUCAAAAUCGUAUCAAUCGAUCUUGAAAUAUCUUGCUUUGCACAAAUUUGAAAUGAUUUUCAUCAUUAGCAGAUUAAUAGUUUGUUAUAAAAAAUAGGAAAACACAUGUAAAUAUGUUUACCUCUUAGCAAUGUAACAUCAGUUUUAGAAAAUAUAUAGUAAUUUCAUAAUAUUUUAAAUG